AUGGCUCCUCCUAGCGUUUUGAUGGUCGGCACCGGUGAGUACACCACCGGCUACGUCGAUGGUGCUGCCUCGAGCUCGGACAAGAAGGUCGGCGUCGUGGGUCUGACUCUGUUUGACUUGCGCCGCCGUGGAAAGGUCGGCGACCUUUCGAUGGUGGGUGUUUCGGGCAGAAAGUUCCCCGGCAUUCGGGACCACCUGCAUCGCAACAUCUCCCAGGUGUAUAACGGCCUCGAUACCUCCUUCGCCUCAUUCCCGGCCGACGACCAGACCGAUCCGGACGCGUACAAGGCCGCCAUUGACGCGCUGCCCAAGGGCUCCGCAAUCACAAUCUUCACCCCAGACUCGACGCACUACCCAAUUGCGCUGUACGCCAUUGAGCGCGGUCACCACGUCCUGAUCACCAAGCCCGCCACCCAGCGACUGGCCGAUCACCUGGCCCUGGUCGAAGCCGCCCGGAAGAACGGUGUCUUCGUCUUCAUCGAGCACCACAAGCGCUUCGACCCGGCCUACUCGGAUGCCCGAGCAAAGGCCAAGAACCUGGGUGACUUCAACUACUUCUACUCCUAUAUGAGUCAGCCCAAGAGCCAGCUGGAGACCUUCAAGGCCUGGGCUGGCCGCGACUCGGAUAUCUCCUACUACCUCAACUCGCACCACAUCGAUAUCUGCGAGAGUAUGGUGCCGGACUACAAGCCCGUGCGAGUCACGGCCACGGCGUCUCAAGGUAUCGCCGCUGAACUGGGCUGCGUGCCUGAGACAGAGGAUACUAUUACCCUGCUGGUAGAAUGGCGACGCAAGGAUAACCCGGCUAAGAUUGCCACGGGUGUAUACACGGCUUCGUGGACAGCCCCCCAGAACGCUGGCGUUCACUCCAACCAAUACUUCCACUAUAUGGCUGCCAAUGGCGAGGUCCGCGUCAACCAGGCCAAGCGUGGUUACGAUGUGACCGGCGACGACCAGGGUCUGAUUUGGGUGAACCCCUUCUAUAUGAAAUAUGCCCCCGACGAGGAAGGAAACUUCGGUGGCCAGACUGGCUACGGCUACAUCAGUUUCGAGAAGUUUAUUGACGCUGUCACUGGAGUGAAUGAAGGUCGCUUGACCCUCGAUCAGCUGGAUGCCCGGCCCUUGCCCACCUUGAAGAAUACUAUUGCGACUACGGCGAUCCUCGAUGCUGGCCGCAAGUCGUUGGAUGAGAGACGGCCAGUGGAGAUUGUUUCAGAUGGAGCCAAGUGGGAGCUGAAAUAA